CCAAGAGGAUAAGCGAAAUAUAACCACACGUUACCCUCGGCCAUAUUCUGCGAAGCCAUGGGCACUACCUCGUUCUCUUCAAACUCACCUUCCCUCAUCAUUCUCACUAGACGUUCACUACCAUCAACGAAGCACAACCAAAUCUUCCUGCCCCAACGUCAUGGUUCUCUCAGUUUCAACAUAAUCAGCUGCAGUAGUAGGAGUAGUAACACAAACAAUGAUGAAGCAGACUCGGUUCAAGCACCAACUGCAACACCACCUGGUGCUGGAGAAGUAAGGUUCAGGAGAAGGUCAAGAAAGCAAUACAGACAACAGAGAGAGAAUGGAGCUGUCUCAAAUAGUGUGCAAUCCACAAAGGCAAAAAAGGUAUCUACUCCUAAGAAAUGGGAGGACAUGACUUUAACUGAGAAGGCAAUAGAACUGUACAUGGGAGAAAAGGGUGCUCUCUUUUGGCUCAACAAAUUUGCAUAUGCCUCAAUCUUCAUCAUGAUUGGUGCUUGGAUAAUUUUCAGGUUUGUGGGUCCUGCACUCAAUCUUUACCAGCUGGAUUCUCCUCCACUCUCCCCUUCUGAUGUAUUAAAGGGAUCUUCAUGAUCUCAAGUUUUGAACUUGAUGAAUCAUCAUCAGUCAAACUUUUAGCUUAUGAGAUCAGAUGCUCACGAAUUAUGUUACCCUGCUUCCUCAACAAAGAAUUCGAUUUGCCUUCUUACCAUGGUGCUUACAACGAUUCUGUGAAAUUUGAACGAAUAUUAUAUGUAUAAUUAUCCAGGAGCACAUAAAUCAAUCAUUUUUGUUAAAAGAGUUGAAUGAUAGCGCCUUUAAACAACAAUUCUUGGGACAGAGGUACUUUUUAUGUCGAGGCGGAGCCAGCAAAGUAUAUACUUUUAGCCGGUGCCAAAAAUUUCAGCCGGUGUCAAAAUAGCUACGGUUAUAUAGUUACAUGCAAAAUGUGGCUGAUUUUCACUAAAUUUGAAACAUGAUUUGUUACGUUUAUUUAGCUACGCUUGAAACGUUGUUAAAUUAGCCCGUGUCAAAGUACCUGCUGGCACCAACGCACAAGGAGUCUUUUUAUGACUUAUGAAGUACCGGUACUUAUGAAGUAUAACAUGAGUACAACCUAGUAAAGCCCU